GAUAGUGCCCCCGGUUGACACCUCUACAACUCGAAUUGAUUUUUUAAAGAUGAAAUUAGCUUAUUUUGUGUUGUUCGCUUUUCUGGCCACAGCAGUGGCCAACGAUUCGGCCAAGGUGAAAAUCGGCAUCAAGAAGCGCGUCGAGAAUUGCACCAGAAAGGCCAAAAGUGGCGAUCUGGUCCAGGUGCACUACAAGGGUUCGCUGCAGGAUGGCACAGAGUUCGACAGCAGCUACACCCGCUCCACUCCAUUUUCGUUUACACUGGGUGCCCGGCAAGUGAUCAAGGGCUGGGACCAAGGACUGUUGGGCAUGUGCGAGAGUGAGAAGCGCACGUUGACCAUUCCCCCCGAGCUGGGCUAUGGAGCAAGUGGUGCCGGUGGCGGAAAGAUACCGCCAAACUCCGUGCUGGUCUUCGAUGUGGAAAUGGUCAAGAUAGAGCCACGUGGCGGAUCUGAAGAGUUGUAGAAUAAAUGCCAUGGGUGCAGCCAAAGAGA